UUCCCUCUUUCUCCUCUCUUCAUUUUUCAUAUUCCCUUUUGUACUCGCGACAGCUCCACCUUCCAUGACGGCGAAAGAUGGAAUGUCUCCUUACGAAAGCGGUGCAGCCGAAGAAAGUUUCAGUCAGAUGACUUUCCGAACAGAGAUUUAUGAAGAACCCCAAAAUGUUUCUCAUGAGGCAGGGAGAAAUAAUUCAAUUGGAGCAUCAGAAUUAUGCACUCAUCAUGUUGGGAAUUUUGCUAGCAUUUCUUCCGACAGUGAGAUAUCAGAGCUUGAACAAAUGUUGAGACAGAUGACCUUUACUAGGUCUAUAACCCAGCGCUUGAUGGCUUUGGUGCAUUCCAGAAUCAUGGAGGAGUCACCAACUCCUCUUUUAAGGCUUGAAGCAUCAACAACAAGUGGCCCGAUGAAAAGACAUAAACAUGGAGAUGAGAGGGAUAACUUCCAUGCUUCCAUUGUCAGUUCAAGGGUUCUUGAAGAAGAGAUUGCUCAAGAUUCAAAGUUUAUUGGUAAUAAUGGGGCAGGCCUUCCAAAUCCAAUCACAUCAACAACUUCACCACAACAACCGGCGACCAUGGAGAACCUCCCGCACGAGCUUUUAUCAAAUAUAUUCAUCCGCUUAUUGGCCAAACAGCUUGCUCAGAUGAGGUCCGUCUCAAAAUCUUGGAAUGCUUUUCUAUCUCAUUCCUCUUUUGUAAAAUCCCACCUCCAUCGUUCCAUCCAUAACAACGAUCAAAUUCUCUUGAUCUUCCAAGAUGAAGAAUUUUAUUCCGGCACCAAACCAUUCACAGCAAUACCGAGUCGAUCUCCCCGUCUUGAGCUCACUAAUUUCAUCAAAUUCCCGGUUAAACCCCAAUCUGGACAUACAGAUGGCAUCAGGGUUAUUGGUUCUGUUAACGGCUUAAUAUGCUCUUCUUAUGAUGAUUAUGUCAUUCACAUUUGGAGCCCUUCUCUCUCCGCCGUGUUAACUCUCCCGCCAUACUCCACCCCCUCCAAUGGUUACAAUUCGUUCAAAAUCCAUUUCCGGUUUGGGUUUGAUCCUAAAUCAAAUGAUUACAAAGUUGUCAAGCUCACAGGCCUAAAUGGACCAUAUGAAAAUGUCGUUACAUGGUGGCUGCAAGUUGAGAUUUAUGGUAUGAGAAAAGGUUCUUGGAAGUUGAUCACCGAAAGGUUUCCCUCUCACAUCACAACCAUUACCAAUGGCGACUAUGUUUGUGUUGAUGGCCAUGACGGCUGUCUACAUUGGCUUGGUUAUGAUUAUAUUAGCGAGAAUACUGAUUUAAAAAUGAUAGUGGCAUUUGAUUUGGGUUCAGAGAUAUUCCGUGAGAUACCUCUUCCAGAUUCUAUACUAAAUGAUGACCGUGAGAUUGUUUUAGGAGUUUUGGCCUAA